GCGAACAGGCUCAGGGCAGGCCGCGCCCCCGACGGGGGCCGUUCGAUUCACGAGCACGAGGCGGUAUGCAGGGUGAUCGAGCCCAUGGUCGGCGUGGACCAGCUCGACGCCCCCGCGCUGCAGAGCGCCGAGCUCCUCUGCCGCCGCCUGCAGGUGAUCGAGGGCGCCCGCGCGGUCUCGCCCUCGGCGCCAGACUACUCGGCGGCGGACGAGUACAUGGGCUGGGCGCCCCAUCGCGGGGGAGCAGCGGCGGCGCCUCAGCUGCAGAAGCACGCGGCGGCCAACCUUCGCGACAACGCCGCGGUGCUCAAGGAGGCUAAGAAGGUGAAGGAGGAGCAGAAGUUGCGCCGCGGCCCCAAGGGCGGCGGCGGCAAGGGUGGCCCCGCCCAUGCACCGAGCCCCGCGGCGAAGCACGUCAGAUCCCGCGCCGAGAUCCCAGAAGUGGAUGCGGCCGCGCCUGCGGCCGAGACGGUGCUCGACCCAACCGGGAAGGAAUGCGUGCUGGACUACGAGAGCAGGAAGAUGAAGACGCCAGACGAGUGGUCGAGGGCCCUCGACUCGGACCCGCCCAUCACCACGUACAUGGAUGAGGUUUUGAAAAACGAUCACGCCGCCUACCACCCGUUCAUCUCGGACCUGGCGCGAGCGAACACGUUGGGCCUCACCUGCCGCCCAAAGGCGGUUCCGCUCGCCGCCGCCCCCGCCGAUGGGGACACCAGCUGCCCACAGAACAUCGACGUCAUCGGCGCCGACCCGGUUCGCUGCAACAGUAUCCUGAAUGCCAUGUGCACCCAGCGGAAGCGUCAUGUCUUGCAGUUCCGCCGCCUGCUUCCGCUCGUGGCGGCCGACUUCAGGCUGCCGUGGGGCCCCGUGGUCACAGCGUGCGACGCCUGUCGAGCCGUAAGCCGCCUCGGCCCGGCAGCGCGGAAGAGGCCGGCAGUUGGCCGCAGCUUGGCGAGGAAGGACUUCCUAGAGUGCCGCCCCUUCAUCGGCGCCUCCAGGGCGGAGAGGAGCGCGAGGCGUCAGGAGACCUCAGGCCCUUGCCACUUGCUGGGGCCCGACGAGAGAGGCUUCCUGGAGUGGAACGCGGUGGCCCCGCAGACCCAGCGCAACUACCAAGAGGCCCUGGCGGAGUUCCAGAGUUCCGCGGCUGCUCGCAGCCUCCCGCUCGCGACCGCCGCGGACGCCGACUUGGCGCUGACGAACUGCGCCGACUUCGCCUGGGGCACAGGCCUCGAGAGGGCCGUUCUGCUGAAGACCUAUGCCGCGUUAAUCUCGGAGCGCCCAGACAUCCCCCGAAAGGGGUCGCUCCGCUUGCCUCGAUUUUCGAGGGCGCCCCAGGGCUGGGAGCGACUCGAUCCAGGGCAGACGCGGCCGCCAAUCCCCUGGCAGGUCACAGCGCUGCUGGCCAGCGCGAUCUCGACCUCGCGGCCCCGGAGCGGCUCGCGCAAGCACUGCGGUUCCAACCUGCGCCCCUCGGUCCGAGGGGGCCUCGCGGACGAGAGCAUCCUCCUGGACUCGGUGGAGGUCCCGUGGCUGGGCCCGCUGGCGGCGAGGUGCCGCACCGCCGCCCCGACGAUGCUGCCCUUCGGCUCGAACGCCCAGGAGCUUGGGCGGCCCUGGCGGCGCGCGCUGCAGCUCGUGCGCCCGGGGCGGCGCUGCGCCCCCUACCAGCUCAGACGCGGCGGCCCGUCGCACGACCGCCUGUGCCGGCACUGGUCUCUCGCCGAGAUCAAGGGCCGCGGGCGCUGGGCCUCGGACUACAGCAUGAAGCGGCACGAGGCGCACGCGCUGCUGCAGCAGGAGCUCGCCGAGCUGGACGCCGCCACCCGCGAGCAGGCCGACGCGGCGCCCGACAGGCUCCACAAGGUGCCGGAGACGGCUUCGCAGGGCUGGGACAUCGCCGACGGCUGCGGCGCGGACCUUCGGAGCCCAGACAUCAUCGACACGCUUCUGAGCCGCGUCCAGAGCGGGGCCAUCAUGGGCGCCCAUGUCGGCCUGGACUGCAAGACGCGGUCGAGAGCCAGAAAGCUGGAUGGUCGAGGCCCGCCGCCGCUGAGAAGUGAUGGGGACAUCUGGGGACUGCCCAGCGCGAGCCGCUGCGAUGCCGGACUCCGCUCGAUAGCGAGCCAUGCCAAGGAAGAGUGA